AUGCCAGAUACAGAAAAGGAAAACCAGACAGCCAUUCAAGAAUUCAUCCUUCUGGGUUUGGAAACUUUUCUGGAGCUGCAGAUUCUUCUUUUUGGAUUCUUUUUGGUGAUUUAUUUGAUGACAAUUACUGGAAACCUUCUCAUCUUUCUGCUAGUUGUGACAAAUCAGCAUCUUCAUACCCCAAUGUACUUUUUCUUGGCAAAUUUAUCUUGGCUGGAUGCUUGUUAUAGUUCUACCAUCUUGCCCAAAUUGUUGGCCAAUUUGUUGACUGGUGAUGGAACUAUAACUUUACGUGGAUGCCUAGCCCAAUGUCAUUUAUUUGGGAUUUGUGCAGCCAUAGAAACUUAUCUUUUAUCUGCAAUGUCUUAUGAUCGCUUUGUGGCAAUUUGUAGACCUUUGCUCUACAAUUCUAUCAUGAAUACAAAAUUUUCUCUCCAGCUUAUAGCUGGAACAUGGAUAAAUAGUUUGAUAUUCAAUGGCAUUCUGGUGGGUCUCAUGGAUCCAUUUCCCUUUUGUGGUUCCAAUAUCAUAGACCAUUACUUUUGUGAUUUUCUCCCACUGGAGAAAUUGUCCUGCAGUAAUAGAAAUUUUCUUGAGCCCAUUGCCUUUUUCAUGACUGUAAUUUUUACAAUUGCCCCCUUUUUAUUGACUCUCAUCUCUUACAUCUGCAUUAUUGGUACUAUCAUAAAAAUAAAAUCCAACACCGGAAGGCAAAAAGCCUUUUCAACUUGCUCAUCUCAUCUCAUGGUAGUUUGCCUCUAUUAUGGCACAUUAAUCAUUGUCUAUGUGUUGCCAGACUCCCCUACUUUGAGACCUCUCAAUAAAAUAAUCUCAAUUUUUUAUACAGUGAUGACACCUUUGGUGAAUCCCCUAAUUUACUCUUUAAGAAACAAAGAAGUUCAUAAAGCCCUAAGACGACUUUACAGCAAACUGGUCAUUUUGGGCUCUCCCAAACUACCAGUUCGUGCUUAA